UACCGUGGGCCCUGCUGAGGCGGGGGCGCGUCUCGCAGCAGCUGCUGGGCUCCGGACGUGGCGCCCUGGGGCUCAAGGGGACAAGGGCUGGGCUCUUUCCUGGCUUCCCGGGAUGUCGGUGGCCUUCGUACCGGACUGGAUGAGAGGCAAAGCGGAAGUCAACCAGGAGACUAUCCAGCGGCUCCUGGAAGAGAAUGACCAGCUGAUCCGUUGUAUCGUGGAAUAUCAGAACAAGGGACGGGCGAAUGAGUGUGUUCAGUACCAGCACGUGUUACAUAGAAAUCUCAUUUAUUUGGCUACCAUCGCAGAUGCCAGCCCAGCCAGCACAGCAAAAGCUAUGGAAUAACGUUCCAGUUGAUAGCUGUGAGGAGUCAUGGAAUACAAUUCAGUUCCUAUGAAGUGGAGAUAGGAUCUUUACCAAUCAGCUGCGUCAAAUACACAUGAAACCUCUGUGGCUCAUUUUAAAAUGUGAAGAAAGCUACAUAUUUUUGACAGAAAUAUUUAUUUUAACAACUAAACAUAUUCCGUCCGUAAGUUGACUCUGGGUGUCCUCUUUCCUGAAAUAGGGUGUUUGAAUAACGGAUGUCAUGAGCAUCUUUAAGAACACAUAUUUUUUGUUUCACCCUGAAGAGGAGACUGCCAGGGAUUGGGCACCCAGCAGAAAGUGACAGGACUCGGCUAAGACUUCAGAGCCCUGUGACCGUGCCUCUGCCAGCCAGUUGUAGGGCCUGACCCCUGACGUCUCUCGGGUUGCUUUCAAAUAAAGUUUGCCUUCCCACAAAAUGUU